UUUGAGCUAGUUGGUUAGCAACAUAACAUUGAACGUAAGCUAACGUUGCCGUUACUUGUCAAUGGAGCUGGUUUCACGUCUCCAGAUGUAGUCUGGACUAGUUCAUGUUAUCCUUCGUCCUGCAAACAUCAGUAGAAAGGUGGUUUUCCGCGUUAAUACGAUAAUAAGAAUAAUAUAAAUGCACCGUUAGUGCCUUGUUUUUGUAGAUCUAUAGUCACGAGGCAUAUGGUAAUUUAAUGCCAAAGUCAACAGUUUGUUUGAUCAUGUUUUGAACGCCACGAUGCUGAAAAAGGUACAGUCACCCAAAGACAUCUCUGAAAGAAAGUCCUGUGGGGAUCUUUAAACCCUGAAUCCUGAACGUCUUGCGUUAGGUUGAACAAAUGUAUUGACCUAGUUCCAACAACUGACCAAAGUUCAUGAAACGGACUCAUUAGCACUACCGAAGUGACUGUGGACAAAAGCUGUGAAAACUGAAGUGACUGAUUUCUGCUUACAGCUCGGGUCAGGUGUAUGUGGAGUUUGAUGAUGGGUUUCUGGCAGCCGCUGACCAACCUUCGGGAUUAUGUAUCCCAGAAUCCUCCAGGAGUUACAUUUUUCCUGUGUCUGUUGACUCUGUCUAUAUCCUUUAUCUGCCUCAGCUCUUACAGCUACACACACACUCUGCCUAACCCUGACACAGCAACGGACUGGAACCAUCUCCUGUCCUCAUUGUCUCAGUUCCAGCUGUGUGUGAAAGCCAACGCAAGUUCAUCUGAGCGUGUGUUGCCAGUCCCCCCUGCUCUGAUGGAUAGAGACACUUCAGUUAACACUACAAAGACUCCCUCUCUCACCACUCUGCGUGUCAAGGUUCCUCUGACUGUGACUACUAGCUCAAACGGUGGCUCUCUGAAAGACCUUGCUUUACACACUGCCUUGAGAGCCAGUCAACUACAUCUUGGAGGCAAGGAGAUUGUUAAUGUGACUCUUGAGUUUUUGUCUGGAAAUGAUACCUACACUUGUCUCACCAUAAGUGCUCCAGCGCACCUCCUGCCCAUGAGUCUACUUCCGCCAGAGUGCCCUGUAUUUGAGAAAAACCUUUCACCCAUCCAUGUGGAAGCGGGCAACCAGCGGCCUACAGCAUCACAAACCUGCUACAGUCUGCACUCAAUCAAUGACCCUACUCUCACUGUCAUGUUAACACAGGACGAGCAGAGCGUUGCAGUGCGACAUCUGUUGGAAUUCAGUGUGUGUCUCCUCGCAGUUUGCUUGAUACUCUGUGUAGCUGCUAGUUCGACACAUUCACUAAUACGCCGCUACCACUGGAGUGGAAUGGAUCCGCAAAAUAAAGAGCCCUUGAUUGAUACCUGAACAUUUUUCAUCCGCUGCGUCCUAAAGAAAUCAGUUGGUGGUGGAGAGAUAAGGGCGAUUUGUUUCAUUUCUUUUAAUGGGGCACCCCACCCAUUUUACAUAAAAAACAGUUUACACGUCAUCAGGAGUAAGUACUACUCAGCCUAAUGUCUUCUGUAGCUCUGGAGGCAGCUUGUUAAAGCCUGAGAAAUGAACCCUGGGAAUGUCAUGAGCGUUAUCUCUGCCUGGGUUUGAAGACUAGAUAUUUAUGUAGCAUUCAGCGAAGUGAAAAUAUUUCAGCUUCUGCUAAAUCAAUUCUGAACAUUUCUAAUACGUCUCACAAGUUUCUCAACUUUAUGAAAGUGCAAUACUUAAUCAGUGGUGCAUCCCUGUUAUAUUGGAAUAUUAUACAACAUUCAAGUGAGAAACAUGGUUGUGAUAGAGGAGUUAUAUAGUAUAUUAAGUAAAUUGGCAAUACAGGCCAUUUGUAUUGUUAAUAAGAACCAGUGUUAUGAACUGACAUGUCAUCUAGACUCUGUGAGUAACUCGGUCUGUCCAGGAGCUCAGAAACAGAUAACUGGUCAAGAAGGUAUCCUGUUUUCAAACAUAAUUUUCACAGCUUUAUCAGAGCGAAACAUUAAUAGUAAAAAUAUAUAUAACGGGUUACGAAUCUGACCGGGAAGGUAAGGACCUUUACAUUGAGUGUUUUUUUUACAAGUACCCAACACCUGUUUCAUUUGUUGUUCUGCCAAAUGAAGGAAAGCUAUUAAUGUAACCCUUUAGGCUUGAUCGAUGCACACACAGUAUUGGUUAUUAUACACUUUUGCAGGGACUCAUCUAAAUUACAAUGAAGUCAAAAACCUCACAAACUUGGCUACUUUUCUGAAUGUCCCCUCUUGGGAUCAAUAAAGGUUUAUGUUUUGUGGAGCUCAGGAGCAGCAAUGGAAUAGGGAGGAAAUCUGAAUUUUAAUUUAUGGUUUUAAUGUUUCAUUACUGUUUAGCAUUUUUAUUGAGGGAUUGUUAUUUUUAUUUUAUUUUAUUCCGGAAGGUAUUGGUUUCUUUUUAAUGCAGUAUGAAUAUCAACCAGCUGAGACUUACUGUGCUUUACAUCUGUUAACAUGUGCCAGCUUCAUCUUUGUCAAAACGUCCUUAUUGUGUAGAAAUACACAACGGAGUCAACCCACUGCCAAAUGUGUCUGUAUUGUCAAUUUUGAUCAGUUGUCAAACACACAAUAAACAAAAUGUUCUGCUGUAAA